GGAGGUCCUUCAGCCGUCGCGCCGGCUGCAAUUAUUACGCUCGCCUUCGAAUUCGAUCUCGACUCAUUCGCAUAUACGUUGCGAUUCUUCCAUCGGCUUAGCUAUCGAAAUACGCGCCGGCCACGAAACAGCCACGGAACGUGCCGGCGAACUGAUCGGGUGAUGUGUAUUUAAAGUUUCGUCGGCGAUCACAAAUAAUGAGGAUAUCGGAGAAAUGUCAACGAUGAUUUGAUUGAUUGAAGCGAUCGUGCCUCAGUACAGCCAGUAGCGUCAUAAGUAAGGUUGCUGUUGGGUUGUCAGUAAAUGUUCUGAUUUGUUUUAUAUAUAUACAUAUAUAUAUAUAUAUAUAUCGUACAGUAUGAAUAAUGUUUUUGUGUUACUGUUUUUAUUUAUUACAUUAAUAGAAAUUGGAUGUGGUACACAAAGAACUUUACGAUCAUGGCUGAAUUAUGACUGUGACACGAAAUGUAAAGACAAAAAUUUAACAACAGUUUACCUAAGAGCUGAUGGCCCUAAUGACACUUUACAUUAUUUGUGGGAUUUUGAUGGUAAUCCAUCAGUAUUCUUAGCCCUUACUUUACCUUCAGCUUCAUUAAACAUAAGUUGGGAAGAUUUUUUUAUUAAAAGAAAAAAUUCCAUAAAAUUUACAGAAGAACCUAUUUAUACUUUUGGAGUAAUUUUUAAUAAGAUUAUAGAAUUCAAUGAUAAAAAUGAUACAGCAAUGAUGAAUAUUACUAAUAUUGUAGACACAAAUGUUAUACAUCCCAUGUUUUUUCAAUGGGAUCGAAAAGCUUUAAUACAAAAUACUGAAUUUGUUACAUUAAAUAUGGAGGGUAACUAUUACAAUGAUAGUAUUAUGAAUAUCAGUAGAUAUGGAACUGUAAAACUUUCGUUGAUAGGAUUUUGUUCUCUUGAUCAUUCAGAAGUUAUGCCUCAUAUGUUACAUACUGAGAAUUCUACUCAAAUUGAUAUUAUCCUUCAAAAUAUAGAAACUAACAAAACUUUUACUAAUAGUAGAUUUGCAAUUGAGUUAUUGGUGGCAGGUGAAGGCAAUCCUGAUAUUCCUAUGUUUAUUAAUCCAAAAAAAAGUUUAGAUGAUGAACAUACACCUGGAAUAUUUGAAGUUGUUGAAGUCAGAACACCACCUUAUAAAAGUAUGGAUAACUACCAGACAGAGGGAGCUUAUUUGCAAUGGAGACCAGUUUCUUACACAACUAUAUCUCGAGAUACAACAAAUUCUACAGAAACAAUGCAAUAUUCACCAUUGAAAGUAUCUAAUCAUACAAGUGCUAUUAUGAAUUCUAUGUUAUAUUGUUAUUAUGGAGAUAAAAUUGACGAUUUGCUCACUCAAAGAAUUAUUGUAUCAUUAGGAACAAAAGGAGAUGGAUUUUAUAAAAAAACAUAUUAUUCUACAUGGACAUUCUUGAUUGGAUAUGGUACACCACCUGAUGAACAAUUUUCUUAUUUAGUAAUUAUGAUUAUUUCAAUUGGUCUUGGCCUUCCGCUAAUUAUUUUACUCGUAAUCGGAUUAUAUCUUUGUAUUUCCAAAUUGCCGAAACGAAAUAGUGAGACGUAUUUAAGUCAGUAAAAAUAUGAUUUAUAAAUCGUACAUAGUUUCUAACUGAACAAUGUUUAAUAGAAGUCUAUGCACAUUUAGUUGUAUUAUCGACAGACCACCGAUAAAUUUUACAAAAAGAUUUUCCUAUAUUUAUAUAUAGCACAUAUAUUUUUUACACGUAUUUCCAAAUUGAUACAUGAAAAUCAAUUUGAAGUAUAUAUUAAUGCAAUGUAUACAAAUUAUUCUGUACAAAUUUAUAUAUAAGUAAUAAAUUAUAAAAAAAAAUUUUUCAAGAAUUAUUUUUUAAACUAGAAAUAUAUAUUUAUAUAAUACAAUUUCUUGAUUUUUCUUUGGUACUUAAAAUUUUAAUGAAUUCAAAAUCAAUAUUUUAGCGAAAAAUAUAUAGAAUAUAUAUAUAAAAUAUGUAAAUAUAAAAAGAAAAUAUAAAAGAAUCAAAAAAUAAACUUGUCAAUAUAUACCAUCACUGUAUAAGAAGGAUGGAAAUCUACAUGAUACCUCAAUGGCGACGGAUGACAGGAUGACAGUAAGAUCGCAGCACAAUCGCUAGCCAAUAGUUUCUUAAGGAAAGCUUUACGGGCGAGCUUGCAGAGACGGUCGGUUAUUCCGAAAGGCGGCAGGCGAAUGUUUUUAGGUGAAGAUAGUAAGGGUGGUGCGGUGUGGUACCGUGUUUCUCGCUAUCACGGGGGUGGCGGGUAAGGUGCUGUUAGUGGAAGAGUACAUUUUCAUUGAUCCAUUCGUGGUACGGAAGCAAGGAACGUACGAAUUUACGAAUCCUAAUCGUGAUAUUAACUUCGUAUUCACUGUAUUUCAAAUUAAAGUUACGAUUAAACAAAUUUCCCUUCUGAAUAAUUCUUACCAUGGAUCGUUCGAAAACGUUAUGGUGGAGAAGUGAGAGGGAAGCUGAGAAAUGGGCUCAAUCAAAGGUUCAUACAGAAGAAGCGUAUACCGCAAUUGUCAUUGGGUGAGUACGGAUUUGUAGUUGCGAUAGUCUCUCGCGCAGGUUAGUCGAACGUGGUGGGUGGUCAGACAGAGGGGUGGUUCGCGUAGCGAGUCGCGAAUGGUGCGGGUAUAUAGUGGGACGCCUCGAAACUAGUUCCUGUCGAAUCCGCUGCGCGAGAUUGGCGCGUGGCGGUGCAAUAACGUCCGCGUCGGGUUUGUCUAAUCGUGACACAGUCCUCGAGAGAAGCUUUUCAACCGAUAAAAGUGUGCGUCAGACACGGAGUGUUUUAAGAGACUCAGACUCAGUGUUAACGGGGAACUGGUGGAUAGUGGUGAAUUCCCGUGGCCAGAUUAGCUGGAUAAAAAGCAAAGAUUGAAACAAAGAAACGGACGAGGAAAACGUCGACAAAACGGGAGACAGUGCUAGUGGCGACUAAGUGAGCGAGAUAGAGUCUACGGGAAGAAAGAGAGAGAAAGAGAUAUAAACGAGUAGGGGGGAUAUAUAGGGAUGAAGAAAGAGUGAGAAAGUGCUAGGUAGGAGGUAUAAGUGAUAGAAGGAAACAGAAGGGGGAAUAAGAAAGAAAGAGAGGGAGGGGUAACGAUAGAGACAGACAGGGUGUUAGAAAGAGAGAGAAGGCGCGCGCGCGCGUCUAUGUGCCAGAAGGAACUGACAGAUAAAGGAAGUGGAAAGGACCUGGUCGGUCCUUCGGUAAGGAAAGCUAAGGGUACGAAGGACGGCAGGAAGGCAGGAAAGACGGAAGGAUCGUAGUCAGACGAAGCUGUGUUACGGGGUGACAGCGGUGCGAGUAGUAGAACGCGUCGGGUCUGUCCCCCAGGAAGGGACCGUCGCGCGCAACGCGAUCAAUUUUCGUUGCGACGCGGGCGGUGAGACUGGAGGAAAGGAAGAAAUGACGACUGCAGCGAGAUACCGAUAACCGGCCAGAUAAUGUUGUCGCAGAGCAAGUUUUACGCUCUCUUUAUCCACUACACAUUUGUGUAGCGCGACACGGGGCGGGUCCUUGCCGCUGCGGUGAAGAACAGAGGUAUCGGAAGAGGAGGUGGAGGCGCGAGGAGAACAAAGGAGACGAAGAAAAAGGAAGAAGAAGAAGCGGAAGAACGAAAAUUAGGAAAGGAACGAAGAAAUUCGUUGGAAUUCCUGAAAAGUCUAAAAAGAUAUCCGAGAAACUAGGAUACGUUUUAUUGUCUAUCGUCUAUAAUCGUUGCGAAAAGAAACAGAAACAAGAAAA